AUGGAUGGGAGGGUACAGCGUUAUUUACGGCCUCCCAUUGUCAUAUGGCUUUUUCUCGUCGUACCCUUUAUCGAAGACUCUCGCAAGAUUGGCGGAAUCCAUGACCGAGAUCGAAAUCCUCUCCGUCCAAGCUUCCGAUCGAGGUGCUUUUUGCUUGAAUCGGUCGAUACUUCUGUUCUAAUGCAGCGAUCCUCUCGCCAUAGCAUCAUCGAAUAAGGUUUUCCUCCGAUUGUCGGAUUCCAAUUUGGGUAGCCGAUCGAUCAUGAGAAUUGAGGAGCCGAAUGAAGGGGGAUCCGAGGAUUCUGACGGCGGGAAGCUCGUGACGGUUAGGGCGAAGAGAGCGUUGGUGGGAGCGGGAGCUCGUGUUCUUUUCUAUCCGACCUUGAUGUACAAUGUCCUUCGCAACAAGAUUCAGGCUGAGUUCCGAUGGUGGGAUGAAGUCGAUCAGUUUAUACUGUUGGGUGCUGUGCCAUUUCGGAAAGAUGUCCCUCGCUUGCAGCAGCUUGGAGUUCGAGGAGUCAUUACUCUGAACGAACCAUAUGAGACUUUGGUCCCAUCGAGCUUAUACAAGGUUCAUGGGAUUGAUCACCUAGUGGUUCCUACAACAGAUUACCUUUUUGCUCCUUCACUUGUGGACAUAUGCCUAGCUGUUGACUUCAUCCACAGGAAUGCAUCCCAUGGGAGGACAACCUACGUUCAUUGUAAAGCAGGAAGGGGACGUAGCACCACCAUUGUCCUGUGCUAUUUGAUUGAAUACAAGAAUAUGACACCUGUAGCUGCUCUUGAAUAUGUGCGUUCUAGAAGGCCCCGGGUCCUAUUGGCUCCAUCACAGUGGCAGGCCGUUCAAGAGUAUAGCAAGCGAAAGUUAGAAUUUCCUGCAAUCCAAUGGCCGAAGCCAACAUAUUCACUCACAGGAGAUGAAGUCCUUGUAACCGCACAUGAUUUAGAAGGUUAUAGUGCUGAGGAUGAUAAAGAUCAGAGGAUGUCAUCAUGUAAGGCUCCUCAAACCAGAACUCUUCUCGGAGAGGAUGAAGUUUUGAUUACUGAUGCAGACCUACAAGGCUAUGAAGCCUUUAGGGUUGCUUGUGAUGAAAAGAGAGUCUUAUCAAAUCAGAAUAUCCGAACACCAUUGAUGAUGAGGAAGCUUUCUUGCCUCUUUCCCUUUCUGAAGUUUUCUGGUGGUAAACAGCCAAUUGCCAGAGCGCUUCCUGCAGUUCAUGCUUGCUAGUUUGUCAUCCCAAAUCCUGUUUGGGUUUCAGUGUUUGUGUGGAAUGAAUCAUAGAGCAUGAUUCAGCAGAACGAAACUAUCUGGUGGUCAGUGAAAUGGAUUCCGAUUGCAUUCCAAGGAGAGUAAGAGGCAACCAGUUUGAUAAACAUUUUUUGGUUGCCUAGAUUUUGGCUAAAGUCGAUUGAUAUAAAAUUUUCUAUUGUUUGUUGUGGUUUUGUAGGGUCAAGUUUGUCGCAAAGAUGGAUGAUGACUAGUAUAAUGAAUGGAUUUAUGAACCCUAUAACUUA